AUGCUGCCCCAAGAAAUACUCUCUCUGCUCACCCUCUUCUGUGUUUUCAGGGCUUCUGUUUCUGUGCUGGAUGAAGAUGAUGACUACGAUCUCAUGUAUGUGAAUCUAGAAAAUGAGAUUGAAGGUCCAGCCCUUGGUGCAGAGGAAACUGCUUCGUGCGACUGCCAGCGAGAGCACACCAAGUGGGACAAGCUCUUCAUCAUGCUGGAGAACUCCCAGAUGAAGGAGAACAUGAUGCUGCAGGCAAUGGAAGAGCUCCCCAAGGUGGACCUGCAGACCCUGAAGACAGAGCUGAGCCAGCUCACCACCAACCUCGUGAGCUCUUGCGCCGCUGCCGUCGACAAGGUCACUUCCCACAUCCUCUCACAGGUAGAGCAGCUGCUUGUGAGGGCCAGGGACCAAGCUGAAGAAACCAAGAGGCUUCAGGAGUUUGAGCAAGGAAACAUUCUGGAGCACAUCCUGCAGCUGAGCCACAACAUGUCCCUGAGGCUGGGCUGGCUGGAGAGUGCCUGGCUGAGGAGGUCUGAGGUGGAAGCACAGGAGACAGCUUUGCAGCAGGAGAAGUUUUAUCCCACCAGUGAAGACAAUCUUGUUUUGAACUCACUGUGGAAAGAGCUACAGCAAACCCGAGCUGAGCUGAAGGCAUCACAGCAAUGGGCAGCUCAGCACCUACUGCCAGCAGGGUGUGAAACUGCAAUCCUCUUCCCCAUGCGCUCCAAGAAGAUAUUUGGGAGUGUCCACCCAACUGCUGGAAUGACCCUUCACUCCUUCACUGCUUGUAUCUGGGUCAAGGUGACUGAGGCUUUGGACAAAACCAUUGUCUUCUCCUAUGGAACCAAAUUCAACCCCUAUGAGCUGCAGCUGUACCUCAGCCGGGACUCAGCCGUGCUGCUCGUUGGGGGUGGCCAGCACAGCUUAGCUGCCAAAAAUGUGGUUGUGCCUGGGAAGUGGAUCCACCUCUGUGGCACAUGGAGCUCAGAGAACGGAUCUGCAUCCCUGUGGGUGCAGGGGGAACUCGCAGCAACUGCUGAGGACAUCGCCAGCACUCACACCAUUCCCGACGGAGGCAUCUUGCAGAUUGGCCAAGAAAAGAAUGGCUGCUGCGUUGGAGGUGGAUUUGAUGAAGCUUUAGCCUUCUCUGGGAAGUUAACUGGCUUCAACCUGUGGGACAGAGUGCUCAGUGCCACAGAGAUAGCAGCACAGAGUGGGGAGGAGGCGUGUGGCACCAGGGGCAACGUGGUGGGGUGGGGAGUCACAGAGGUUCUAGUCUAUGGAGGAGCUCAGUAUGUGUCAUAA